AUGGCCGGUUUAAUGCAAGUAACCUGUCUCUUAGUGCUCAUUGCCAUCGCACACAGUUGGACGAUUCCUUCGGUUGAUACAGAAGAUCGAAAGCUACUUGAUGCUGUUGAUCCUGUUUGUACCAAAACCGUUGGCACGCCAUCUGAUGAAAAACUGACAACAACUGUCUGCACGAAAGAACNCAAGAUGGCCGAAUGGACCUCUCAAACAAUAAAUAAAAGAGGAAGAGAAAGACUGCAGGGCCUCAUGUCUCCAUCAAGACUCCUUAUCGGAGAGAUUGAGGGCGGCAAUUUGUGGCGUUGCCUGGCCACCUAUGUUACCACCCUUAUUGCUGUUGUAAAUGAUCAUGGUUGA